ACAGACAUGCGCCUUUCGCCAUAUUGUUUGGUUUGAAGUGUACAUUUGAUUGUAAAUAUGUGGCGCAAAUAUUCUUCUUCUUCCUUAGAUUAAAUAUAAUUGUAUAAUUUACAGCUGCAAAUAUGACAGAUGCUGGAUUUUUUCGCGGCACCAGUGCCGAUCAGGAUAAUCGCUUCAGUGAUAAGCAAAAGAAAUUAUUGAAGCAAUUGAAGUUUAAUGAAAUUCUAAACAGAAAGGUUGAUAUGAACAAAAUCAACUUAGAUGUUGUGAAACCAUGGAUUGCAAAGCGGAUUACAGAUAUGUUGGGUGGUAUUGAAGAUGAUGUUGUGAUAGAAUUUGUUUUCAACCAAUUGGAAGCAGAAAAAUAUCCCGAUGCACGAAUGAUGCAGAUAAAUUUAACUGGUUUCCUUACUGGUAAAUACGCCAGGGAGUUUAUGGCAGAAUUGUGGGCACUCCUUAUCAGUGCUGAAGAUAGUGCAGAUGGUAUUCCAGCUGCAAUAUUGGAACAAAAAAAAGAUGAAAUUAAGAAAAGAUUUGAAGAACAAGACAGAGCAUCUUCCAGUUCAAAAAAGCAUGAUGAAAAAUCCAAGAAGCGAGAUCGUAGAUCUCGAAGAUCUUCCUCUUCAUCAUCAUCGUCAUCAUCAAACCACAGUAGAAGAAAGAAAAAAUCAACAUCUGAUAAGUCAGAAAGUAGCAAAAAAGUUAGUAGUGAUAAAGAAAAUUCUGUAAAGAGCUCCCGUCGGAAAAGAUCACAAUCCAAGUCUAGCUCCCCUUCUAGACACUCUAAGAAAAAGGAGAGGUCCCGUUCUCGUUCUCAAAGAAGGAGCCGCUCUGUAGACCAAAACAACGGCCAUGUGUCACCUUCUCCACCUCCUAGGAGUAAAUCACCAAGGAAGGAAGUCCUGUCUCCUAGCAGUGACAAUAAGAAAACUCCUCCUUUAAGCAGACGAAGUAAAUCACCUCCUAAAAGCAAGUCCUCAUCUCCCGUUCAAGAUAAGUCUCCUCGACGAAGUAGGAGUCCAUCUCCUGCUAGAAGAAAAUCUUCAGAUGAUCGUCGCAAGUCAUCUCCCAAGAGGAAAAGUGCUUCUCAUGCUAGCCGCUCACCUCCACCAGCCCGAGCACCUCGCAGGAGCAGAAGCCGAUCUCCUGCAAGGAAACGAUUGUCUCCUCGGCGAUCUCCAGCAGGUCGUUGGAAGCACAGUCGUUCACCUGUUGGCAGAAGAAGUCGCUCACCACCUCUCAAAAGACAUCGAUCUCCUCGUCGUAGCCGGUCACCUCCACCUAGAAAUCGGCCAAUGAGACGCAGUCGUUCCAGAUCCAGGUCUCCUGUUCGAAGACAUUCUCCAGUUCACAGACGAAGUCCUCCAAGGAAGAACCCUCGCCCGAAAUCUCCUGCAAGAAGACGCUCUCCACAAAGACGGCAUUCUCCUCCACCUCCUAGAAAAUCACGUUCAUCAUCAGAAUCUUCAUCUGGCUCUUCAGCAUCAUCAGCAUCGGCGUCUCCAGAACCAGCUAAGAGAGCUAAGCGACGAUCUUCUCCUGAAGUAGAAGCACCCAAAAAAUCAGAGAAAGAAGACUUUGAAAUUGCCCCUAAAAAGAAUUCCAUUCAAAAGACUAGACAUUAUCGCUCACAUGGAAAAAAUUCUGAAUCUAGCUCUGAAGAAGAGUCUCCUGUCAGGAAAGCUCUUGAAGGAAAAGGAAGAGUAGCCAAAAAGGUUAAUCCAAGAGGUUCUUCCUCAUCUUCUUCUGGCUCUUCUGAUUCUGGUUCAGGUUCACCAUCUCCUAGAAAAGGCCGACCUAGUCCAUCAUUCAACAGAAGAGGUAGUGCUUCACCUAGACGACGUAAUGCUCGUGAUGCACCUCAGUUCCGGGGACGUCGAUCCCCCACAGAUGACAGAAUGCGUCGCCGAUCCUUUUCUCAAGAAAGACGUUCUCCUGGACGGGCUAGAUAUGAAAGAGAAAGGUCUUAUCGCAUGGAGAGAGAAAGAGAAAGAAGUUGGUACAAUCGAGAUCGGAACUAUAAUGAUAACCGUAAUUAUAGAGACAACAGAGAGUUUGAUAGAAGAGAAAUGGAUCGACGUCGUUCAUCCCCUGUGGAUAGACGGCCUCCAGCAGUCGAUCGUAGACGUCGAACUCCAGAAGACAGACGACGCUUUUAUGACCAAGAACAACGAGCUAGCAGAAGUUAUGGUAGGCGUCCAAGCCCAAGAAAUAGACCAAGAUCUCCUUCAACAGAAGAAGUGCGACCUCAUGAAAGACGCCGUGGGCGAUCUCCAAGUGACAUGCGAGCUCCAUCAAGAGAAAGGCGGGGUCGGUCCCCUAAUGAGAUGCCAGCUAGGUCAACUGAUCAAGGAGAUGUUCGCAAUAGGUCGAGGGAGAGACGAAGAUCUCCUAGUGAUGUUAGAGGUAGAGUCUCGCCUAGUGAACGUGUAACCCGAUUAUCUAAUGAAAGAAGAGGCAGGUCACCUAUGGAUAGAGUUGUUAUGGAAAAAAGAACAGCUUCCCCUGUGGAGAGGCGACGACGUUCACGUAGUGGAUCUUAUGGUCAAAAGAAAAGAAAAUUUUCUCCUCCGCCCCCUCAGACUGCAUCUCCUUCUCCAUCACCUGUGCGUGAGGUGCGUCAAGUAAAGAAAAAGCGUAAAGUCUCUCGUGAAUCUAGUUCGUCAUCACAUGGAUCACCACCUGCUCAGAGAAUGAAGAUCAAAAAGGAAUCUUCUGAUUCUGUGCCGAGAAAAGUUAAAAGACGCUCUGUAUCAAGAUCACCAUCGCCUGCUCGUCAUUCUAAAACUACCGAGGAAGAUAGAAAUAUACAAGAUGAUAGAAUAGAAUCCAGUUCCGAAAAGAGAAGGAGCCGACAAAUGAAGGAAGUUGAAAAAUCAGUGAGUCCUGAAAGAGUGAAGGAACCUGAAAUGAACUAUAAGCGUGUGGAACGUUCGGUAUCUCCACCUUCUGAUCGAUCUUGUUCACCUCCUGGGGUGGGGCCUAGUGAUGAGGAAAUCCGUAAAAUGGAGAAAAAGAUGAAAACUGCAGUGGAAAAAGAAUUAAAAGAGAAAAAACGAAAAACCAAAGCAACUGAAAGUAGUGAGGGACCAGAAUCUGAUGUUGAAGUAACUAAAAAGAAAAAGAAAAAACAUAAGAAGCACAAGAAACACAAAAAGCAUAAGAAACAUAAGAAGAAUAAAAAAGAGGAAGAAGAGGCAUCAGUUUCAGAGGAUGAAGUGGAACGAAAGUUACGAGAACGUGCCCUCCUAUCGUUAUCCAAAGCACAAGCUGCAGCUCGAGAGGGUAACAAUGAUGAAAAAGAUGAUCAAAGUUCUUCCUAGAAGUCCACUAUUAAGACUGUGUGUGCAUCUCAGAAUUUUACAUAGCCUCUCCAUGGGCUUAGUUUGUGUAUGUGAUGUGAGAAAACAGGAUUUUACUAUAUCGACAAGAAAAUAAAAUUGAAAACCAUUGUUUGAUUCUU